AUCAGUGUAGUAUUGUGUUCUCUCUUUCACACUCACUUUAUCAGGUGGCACGAAGGCACAGCUUGAAGUCUUGUACGGGGAAAGUUGAAACUUAUUGUCUCUAAUAACGUUUUAAGGACUACCUGCAAAAAUGUAUCGAGCUCCGGAGGAUGUGAACAAACUCACUGAAAGCACGUAUAAGAAUGUGAUGGAGCAAUUCAACCCAGGGCUGCGAAAUCUGGUCAGCCUGGGGAAGAGCUAUGAUAAAUCAGUGUCAGCAAUGACGUUUGCUGGAAACGAAUAUUUUGACGCAGUCUCAAAGAUUGGGGAGAAUGCUGCUGUGUCACCUGUUUCUAGGGAACUGGGAGUGGUUCUGAUGGAGAUUGCACAAGUGCAUAAAAAGGUCCAUCAGGAGAUGGAGGAGUCUUUUAAGAGGUUCCACAAAGACCUCAUCACAGAACUGGAAAAGAAAACCGAUAUGGAUACCAAGUAUAUGAAUGCCACUUUUAAAAGAUACCAGUCAGAACACAAACUGAAGCAAGACACCCUGGACAAAUCACAGGCCGAACUGAAGAAACUGCGCAGAAAAAGUCAAGGGAAGCAUAUGUCUAAAUAUGAGAUCAAAGAAAAUGAGUACUUGGAGACCAUUUCAUCACGGGAGACAGACAUGCAAAGGUUUAUCGUUGAAGGGUGUAGGGAAGCUCUGCUGGAAGAGAAAAGGAGGUUCUGUUUCCUAGUGGACAAACACUGUGCCAUCUCAGACCAGUUUGCAGCUUUUCAUGACAAGGCCAAGGAGAUACUAACUGUCAAACUGCCCAGCUGGCAGGAUAAGUGCACUGAUGCAUCCAAGGUUUCAGACACAGUGAUUUCCAUGACUGAGGGUCUGCAGACUCCAAUGACAGUCAUACCAGAGUUCUCGUCUAAUAAGGAGAACCAUUUACAACCAGUGGUUCCUCCACCAGCCCCGUCACUGAAAGCCCACACAAGCCCACUGGCCAACAUGUUCUCCCAGGACAUUCCCAAAAUCCCCAUCUCAUCAGAGCAGUACUCAGAUCAAGACAGCCUUGAUGGAAAUGGCCUGUUCAGGUCUACGUCUUUGUCCAGUGGUAUGGACAUGGUGAAGAAGACCAGAGUGCAAACUAUUUUCCCCCACACAGCAGGAAAUAAUGAGACCCUGCUGAGCUUUGACCAUGGAGAAAUCAUUACACUGCUUAUUCAAGAUGAGCGAGAUGGGUGGCUGUAUGGAGAACUAGAACAUACUGGACAACGAGGAUGGUUUCCCUCAUCUUAUUGCCAAACUUACAAUGAACCAGUUAUCACAAACAGCAGGAUGGAGAGCCUGUUGCAUAGUCAGAGUGCGGUUGAUCUUCCAAAGCAUACGGAGGAAGACGAGGUGGUGGAGGUACCGGUGCUGCUGCCCCCGCCUGACUACAGUGACUCAUCCAGGGACAGACCCAUCAAGGCCUCCACCCCCUCUCCACAGAACAUGGUGUCUUUGCCAAAUGGUCACUCCAUUCCUCCAUUCCUUGGGGGUGGGAAUCCAUUUGCCACAGUCAGACUACGACCCACUGUUACAAAUGACAGAUCAGCACCAGUCGUUUGAUGGAACUGGAUGCAUCCCUGCCCUGAUGUGAAGUUGUGUCUCAAAAGUUUUUAUCUAUAUUGACGCAAUGCAGAUAUGGCAGAGGAACCAAAUGAAAGGGUUCUGAUACAGCAUCAUUUUUAAUCUAUAGAGUUUCUAAAUAGGCAAACACCAGCACAAUUAAAAUUUAUGUAAGUCAUUAUUUAUAAGGAUUUUAUUAAAUUAUUAUUUUAAAUUAAACUGAAUUCAUACACUAAGGUUCCAAGUGAAUGCACAGCACUAAACAGGCUUUUGACCUCUACUCAAUGAAUACCUAGUUUCUGACCAUAUUGGUCCUCUGUCUGCAUGUUAAAUUGUUUGGUAAACUGGAGACACCUAUGCAUGACAUAAGGUUCAAGUGUUGAACCCCAAUUCAGGUGAAGUGGUGUAAGAUGCCAAAGUGUUCCAUUUGGAUUAUGGUUUCAUUGUUGACAGUUUGCAUUAUACAAUAUCAUUGUUUUAUUGUUUUAAACUGAUAUAUUCCUUAUCUGUCACACCUUUCACACUUUUAAAAGAGGAAAAUGAAAAGACAAAGUUUUUUUUUUUAUUAUUGUUGUUUAUACCUCCUCAUGUAAAAUAAGAGUGCAAUAUGUGAUAACAUUCCUAGGAUAAAUAGCUGCAGAGUUGAAUGUUGACUUUAUGCCUUUAGCUGGAGAUCAUAUCAACCUAAUGAGCAUUCUUACCUAACUGAUAGAAGAGAAAUGCUUUGGUCUUAACUAAAUAAAUACUGACUUUUAUUUCUUUCUUUUUUUCUUUUUUAUGAAGUAUUUUCGGUUGUGUACAUAAUGCCUGUGCAAGCAUGUUGUGUCGGGGAAAGUUUUAUUUUUUCUUCUUUCAUAGUUUUUCUUUUUAGGUUAAAAUAGUGAUUGAUCACCCCAUUUACUGUUAUAGCACAUUACUUUUAAAUAAAUAUGU